UUACAAAAAUCUAUGUUUACCUAUUUCAGAAAAAAUAUUGUCACUAGUCCUUCAGCGAGUGAUGUCACGUAUGAUAAAGAGACCAACAACUUUAAUGAAAACGGAAAAGACCAAAUCAAAGAAGAAAUAAAGAAGAAGAAUCUCUUUGAUGAUAUGCGAAAGAGGUCUACUUUCGUCACCUCUACAGAAGAGAGGAUAUAUAAUCAAAAAAAUGAUUGCCAGGAUGAUGGACAUCACGAUCACAUGCAUACAUCUCUGGGUCAAGAAACAUCAAACAGCGAAUACAGUCAUCUACAUUUGAAACAAUUACACGACACAACACAUGCUCAACCUGUGCAGACCAAAUUGGAAUGUGAAACAAAAGAUGAUAGUAAAAAUGCAGAGUACUUCAUCCUUCAAAAAGAAUAGGUUUUUUGGUUAUUGUUUAAACCUUUGA